CGAAAAAUCAAAGGUCCCUGUUGGCUUGAAAUAGAAGAUGCCCAAGAACAAAAUACUAAAGUUUCCUGGUGUAAACAUGAAUUGCUUGUUAAAAAUCCCAAAAAUGUAAAUCCUUUAAAGGAGACGAUACCGCUGAAAUCUCCUCCAUUGACAAUAAUGACAUUGAACUUACGUACUGUCAUGAAUCAUCAAAAGCAUGCAAAUGAAAUAGUUGCCUUUAGUGUACGAGUUUAUCCUAAAGUUUUUCUGGAUGGACCAAUUUGCGCAAAAGAACUUCAGUCACUUCAACAAACAUCGAUUAGACAAUUGAGCGAUAAACCGUGGUGGCCCGCAAAAUUUGAAGAGAAACUUUUAAUUGUCACGAUAUUUAUCAUAAAAUCAUCGUUCGAAACAAUAGCCAUUAUCAAGCAGAAUGAUCCGGAUGUUCUUGUUGGACAUAAUAUCAUUGGAUUCGAUCUACCUCUCUUAUUGCAACGAAUGGAAGCGUUGAAAGUUAAAGACUGGGUUGGUACAAGUAGUAAAGGUGACUCUCUAUUUAUGGAGAAAGAUUUUGCGAGCGGUCGAUUAUUAUGUGAUACGUACCUUAAUGCAAAGGAUCUCGUUAAAUCGAAAAAUUAUUCUUUAACUGAGUUGGCAUCAUCGCAAUUGAACAUCAAGCGAAAAGAUUUCGAUUAUGAAACAACUGUAACAAAAUAUGAACGAGCAGAUCUUCUGUUCGAUUUUAUUCUUCAUUGUCGUUUCGAUACUGUUGUCAUAUCAGAGUUGAUGUUCAAUCUGCAAAUACUACCACUAACCAAACAACUCACGAAUUUGGCCGGGAAUAUUUGGUCUAAAACUCUCACCGGUGCUAGAGCUGUACGCAAUGAAUUUCUAUUAUUACAUGAAUUUCAUCAAAAUAAGUUCGUCUGUCCGGACAAGAAUUAUAACAAAUCAAACAUAAAGAAUACAGAAAAAUCUAUUGGACAUGAUGAAGAGGGAUCACGGAAAAGGCCGAAAUAUGCAGGAGGGCUUGUACUAGAACCAAAGAAAGGGUUUUAUGACAAAUACGUG